UUCAAACCCCGUGAACGCGCGUCCGCUCUUUUAUUCCUCCGAUCAAACGUUGGUUCAAUGACAUUUGGAGAUCGAGAUGAUAUUCUGUGUAUAUUGAUUUCGAAAUUUUCGGACCACCAAUAAUUGUGGACUGAAGGAGAUGUUACAACUAACAAAUUAAUAGAAGAUAUAUUUUAAGGAAAAUAAUUAACAAAAUGCAAUUAAUAUUUCUACUGGUCGUUGUGGCAUCGGUGCCAGAUGCAUGGGCGAAGACAAGAAGGUAUACCAGAUUGCAAACAGAUCCUUUGUCGAAGACAAGAUGUGAUUUGAUCUGUAUCGAUGCGAGCAAGGAAACCAAAUCUCAGUGUCGCUCCGCAUGUCGCUCGGAAGAACACAAGCCAGGUACUUGUCCUUCCGAAGAAAACCCACGAUGGAUGGCUGCCUGUGUGGAAGCCUGUAAUCAGGACUCUCAAUGCGAUGGUACGCAACGGUGUUGUAAACACGGAUGCAGCUCUGUUUGCAACGAGCCUGUGGAUCUGUUGGAUUUACCAGGUCUCCCAGCUUUGCCAGCAAUGGAAGAACCUAAAGAGAGACGACGCGCAGUUCAGAUCAAAUGGUCAGAUGGUGUAGGAGACUCCGCUAGAGCUGUACCAGGCCGAGUUCUUUAUUUGCUAGAAGAACAGCAUCACCUAGGACCCAAAUACGAGGAAUCUCGACUUGGUGAUUGGAAUCUUAUUAUGAGAACCAAUAAAACAAAGGUGUCCCUGAAAAAUCUAUUGAAGCCGGGUCGAUGGUACCGUUUCCGAGUAGCUGCAGUUAGCUCAGCUGGCACUAGAGGAUAUUCAGCUCCAAGUCCUCCUUUCACACCUCGUAAAGGACCUAGGCCACCACCGCCCCCGAAGAAAUUGAAAGUGCAGCCAGUGCGUUCAGAUAAUGGUACAGUGACAAUUCGACUCGAAUGGAAGGAACCACGAUCUGAUUUACCUGUGAUGAGAUAUAAAGUUUUCUGGAGCAGACGCGUUCGUGGACUCGGCGGAGAACUAGAUUCUGUGCUUGUCAAUCAUCAAACUGUUCCGAAGGAGCAAACUUUCGUUGACAUUAGCGACCUACAACCUAAUUCGAUGUAUUUCUUGCAAGUCCAAACAAUUAGUUUAUUCGGUAUUGGAAAAUUGCGAAGUGAAAAGGCGGCUAUUUUCUUCAAUACAACUAGCGGGACAGAAGAACCGGAGGCACUUAGAAGGCGAAAAGAAGACAAUCAAGAUAAACUAAUUAGAGGCUUAAAGUUGAACAAACUCACUUGGUUAGAUCACAAGAUUGAAGCAAAAAUAUCAUGGAAUCCGGUGCACCCUAAAGGACAGCGUAAGAACACAUACUACGUGCAUUGGAAGACUCUGACAUGCCAAGAUCCAGUCAAGGAGUUAAAAGAACUGUCAGCAACUACCGAGCAAAACUCAUUUGAAAUCUACGAGUUGGACUACAAGUGCAACUACACCAUUAAUAUCAAUAAAUCCACAAAUAAAAAUAAUCCCGAUUCAGAAUUAAUUUUAAGUGUGCCUGGCUGCGAUUAUUUUAAGAAGAAAGUGAAAAAUGCAACCAUCACCUGCAAAACAUAAACCGCUGCGGCCGGCACAAAAACAAAAAUAAAAACACAAAAUUGAAAAAUAGU